GCCAGACCCGGACGCGUGCGUACCAAACCCCCGAGCUUUGAAAGCUUCUCGUGAAAGCUGUUCCUUGUGUGUGAUCUGUGUAGUGAUAAGCUUGAGAUAGUUGUACGGAAGACAGUGACGAUCUGAAACAAAUCCAGAUGCGUUGAGUGCUGAGAGAAGAUGUGCGGGCGCAGCUGAGGCAUGGGGCUCACGUGGCUGCUGCUGCUGGCGACGCUGGCGGCCGCGCGCGCGCAGAACAGAAAUGACGGUCCGCGGUUCCUGUCCCGUGGGCACUCGUUCCGGACGGUGGUGGGGGACACGCUGCUGCUGCCGUGUCAGGUGCAGAAUCUAGGCUCGCUGGUGUUGCUAUGGCGACGGGGCCCGGCGGUGCUGACGGCGGCCAGCCUCAUGGUCACCAGGGACGAGCGGUUCCGGCUCGUCGACGGCUACAACCUGCAGAUCACUGAUGUUGGACCACAGGAUGCGGGCGACUACGUCUGCCAGAUUUCGGACCGGACGCCCAGGGACCAGGUGCACACAGUGGAGGUGCUGGUCCCGCCCAGCGUCAGGGCGUCCCCGGAGAGUAAACAUGCCGCUGCCAGACGAGGGGGCGCUGCCGUGCUGGAGUGCCGAGCGUCUGGCAACCCUGUGCCGUCGGUCACGUGGCACAAGCUGAACCUGUCGUUCCAGAACGACACGAGCACGCGGCUGUCUGAAGGUCCCCAGCUGCAGCUGUCGCGGCUGGAGCGGCAGCACAGCGGCCGGUACGCCUGUACAGUCGACAACGGUGUUGGACCACCACUGGUGACGGAGUUCCAGCUGCAAGUGCUCUACCCUCCGGAGAUAACGGUGGAGCGGUCGUGGGUGCACACAGGCGAGGGGUUCCGCGCCGAGCUGCUGUGUACAGUGCUCGCUGACCCACCCGCUGAGGUACUGUGGUACCAGAACUCGUUCCCGCUGAGCGCGUCGGAGCGCGUGACGAUGUCGGUGCGCGGGAACAACCAUACGCUGCUCAUCGCCAACGUCCAGCCGGAGGACUUCGGCAACUACACUUGCGUGGCGGACAACUCGCUGGGUCGUGCGCGGCGGCACGUGGAGGUAUCGGGGCGGCCGGGCGCGGCGCGCUUCCUGUCGCCGCCGCUGGCGCGCGCGCGCACCGCCUACACGCUCGCCUUCGCCGUCGACAGCUACCCGCCGCUGGACGAGCUGCGCCUGCUGUACAGGCAGCUGGCGAUAAACGAGUCGUUCCAGCAGCCGGGUCGGUGGCACGACGUGGUGAUCCCGGCCCCGGAGGCGGCGGGCUCGCUCACACACCGCGUCGCCCACGAGCUGCGCGGCCUCGAGCCCGGGGCUGUCUAUGAGGCUAUAGUCCAGGCUAAGAACAGAUACGGGUGGAAUGAGGUGAGCGACAUCUUCCAGUUCCACACUCUAGGCGGGGAGCACUCUGUGCACGCGGACGAGCUCACGCCGAUGUUCUCGGCGGCGCGCGCGCUGACAGUUCCCGCCAUUUCCCUCGCCGCCAUCUUGACCCGCGCCAUCUUGUCCACACUUGAUAUUGACAGCUCGACGUUUUGACACUUGCGUUCCGGUAACGAAUUUUUUUAAAUCAGACUGAAAAUUUUACUGCCUACCUAGUUUAUUUUCCACGGUGUAUAUUGUACUUUGAUGAUUGAGUAUGAGUGUGCUGUGCGAUUUUUUAGCUUUUUUAUUAGUUUAUAAUGGAUAAAAUAAAAUAAAAAAUCAUAA